CGCUGUCACUCUCUCAGUAUUCCAUAGUAGAUUCACAGUAUAUCUUCAGGCUAUUAGCAAGCAAAUUAACUGUAAGGUAGAAGGUCCCGAAGAAUACGAGAGAACGCAAAUCAGUCCUCGGCUUUUGCAGAAGUAAAUGCGGAAUAAUGGAAUACUUUUCCCUGGGUGUCUGAACCGGCUGUGUUGUCAAACUGGGGUCUUUGUUCUUCUUUGAUCAUAUAUGAUUGUUAUUGAAAGGGAAAGUAAAGCCUACACUGGCUUUGAACCUUGGCUUUACAUUCGGAGGAUGAAAUCUUGCAUCUAUUUGCCACUUGAAUAACACCAACGAGGUGUCGCGUUGCCUAUUCACAAGGCUGCUCUCGAGUUCUCUCAUAGGCUAACCUCUUCUUGGGAACACUUACUCUUGGGUCGGAACUAUGAUGUGGACUUUGUUUGCUGUUUUUACCUGCACUGGACUAUCUGGUAUUCUUGCAGAUGUGGGUCGUGUAGGGGGGGUAGCCGCUCGCUGUGAGAGCCAGGCAUGUAACCCCCGAAUGGGCAAUCUGGUGCUAGGUCGCAGGGUCCUGACCCAGACCGUGUGUGGCUACAAGGGCACCGAGCCCUACUGCUCCUACUCUGACCCCUCCUCCUCCACAGCGCCCUGCCCCCCGGCCAGGUGUGGGAAGUGCAACGCGGCCCUCCCCCUGCAGGCUCACCUGGCUGCAGCCAUGGCCGACUCCUCCUUCCGCCACCCCAACACCUGGUGGCAGUCGUCCGGGGAAGUGGAGUCUGAGACUCUGCAGCUGGAUCUGGAGGCAGAAUUCAUCUUCACCCACCUGAUCAUGGUGUUCCGCUCGCCCCGCCCUACUGCCAUGACCCUGGAGCGCUCGCAGGACUUCGGGCAGACCUGGAAGAUAUUGCAGUACUACGCCAGGAACUGUAGUGCCACCUUUGGACUGGAGGAGGGAAAGGCAGUGCUGGACGGGGCCCCCUGCACCUCCAAAUACUCUGGAGCUUACCCCUGUACCAGGGGAGAGGUGAUCUACCGUGCCCUCCCGCAAUGGGAAGCUCUUGACCCAUAUGGGGUGGCAGGCCAGGAGCAGCUGAGGGUGACCAACGUGCGCGUACGUCUGCUGGAGCGCCAAUCCUGUCCCUGCCAGGCCAAAGAUCCCACCGUUGGAGCCCCGCYCACCCAGCACUUCGCCAUUUAUGACCUCAUCGUGAAGGGCAGCUGCUUCUGCAACGGGCACGCCGAGCAGUGUGUCCCCGCGCCAGGUUACCGCCCUGUCAGGGAUAGAACCAACCACGUGGUUCAUGGGAAGUGUGUGUGUAGUCACAACACUGCAGGUGUUCACUGUGAGCGCUGCGCUCCGCUCAACAACGACCGACCCUGGCAACCUGCGGACGGACUCACAGGGGCUCCACACGAGUGCCGGAAGUGUAAGUGUAACGGGCAUGCCCAGAGUUGCAGUUUUGAUUGGUCGGUGUGGCGGGAGUCCGGCCAGCGCAGCGGAGGUGUGUGUGAGUGUCUACACAGCACAGAGGGACGCAACUGUCAGAGCUGUAAGACUGGCUUCUACAGAGACCCCCAGAGGGCGCACACGGCCCAGGACUCCUGUAAACCAUGUGGCUGCCACCCCCUGGGCUCAAUACCAUUCCACCUGGGUGGGGGGUCUCUCUGUGACCCUACCAACGGAGACUGUGUCUGCAAGCCCGGUGUGGGGGGCUCCCACUGCGACAGGUGCAUGGUGGGAUACUGGGGUUUCCAUGACUACGGCUGCCGUCCGUGCGACUGUGCGGGAGACUGCGACCCCUUCACAGGAUACUGCAUGUCUGGUGUUGAAGGUUAAGGUCUUGUCAGCCCAUGAUAAGGGCUCCCAUGCUGAGUUGGAGGUGAAGGUUCAGAAGGUGUUGAGUCAGAAUACUAGGGUGAAGAUCCAGAAAGGACGAGUCACACUCUACCCAGAGUCCUGGACCGCACGGGGCUGCACCUGCCCCAUCCUCAACCCAGGUGGGGAGUACUUGGUGGCGGGCCAUGCAGACAGGAAGCAGAACCGUCUUAUCGUCAACAUGAAGAGCUUCGUCAAGCCCUGGAGAGCCAGCCUUGGACGCAAGGUCCUCACACUAAUGAAGAAAGACUGCACCUGGUAAACAGACGGGAGGACACUGGGAGAUGGACAGACUGACUGAUAGAUGGAGAGAGAGAGACAGAGAGAGGAGAAAGAAGACACUGCCAUUCAUUUGUUUUUGCCUUCUCUGGAGGGGGAGUUCUCUUAUGGAGGUGGGGACUAAACAGACUAUAAACGCCCGCCCCUAUCUGCCCUGGGCCAAUAAGAGUGCGUGGCUGGCAGAGAGAACAUACACAGACUCUAUGAGCCUCUGUUUGAGUGACAGUUCGGCCCUCUCUUCCACGCGUACAUAGACACCCAGCCACUCCCUCUCUGUAGCACUUUAGCCCAGGGCAGAAGGGCCAAUAGGAUCAUGGGUUGACCUCAAGACUGGACAACAGAAGGACACAUUUGACCCCUUGUGACCCCUGUAGGAAGGCUUGUGGUGGAUGGUGACCURUGCCUCUUUCCCCAAUGUGUUCUGUUCUCAACAAACUGUCUGUCAAGCUGUGUAACAGACACAGAUGUGUACACACAGAAUUACGUUGAAUAAGCCAUGCAUGCCACUACAGGUGGUUGAGUCCAGGUGUGUUUGCGAAUGUGUAUGUGUGUUGUGAACUCUGUGUGUGUGUGGCUGCGUGUCUGAUGAGCACAAAUCCAUCCAGCUUCAGUCCAACUGAUCCGUUUUUGACUCUGAAAUUUGGGCAGGAUAACCUCUAGAGAUGAAAACAGUCCUAUCACAACAACAUACACCACUGAAUAUAUAUAUGACAAUACACAUAUUACCUCCCAAUAUGUAAUACUGCUGUGACCUACAGAGCCCUGGAUUCAUCUCUAUUCCUUCCUAUGUCUGCUCCUGUACAGUAUUACUUGUAUAUAACGGUAGAAAUA